AUGGUUUUAAAGAUAGGAAACAAAACUGAAGACUCUGAGAGAGAUAUUUGUUAUCAUUUUACCCACACGCAUUUUAACAUGGGGGAAUUUUCUCCCGCUUGGUACAUUUUCAACUGCGUUGUAAACAUCGUGUUUUCCAUAACGGCUAUUGCAUCUAAUCUGGUAAUCCUUUUUGCUAUUCGCCGGACACCAACGCUUCACACCCCAUCUGGCACGCUUCUUUUCGGUUUGGCACUCUCCGAUCUUGGCGUUGGUUUAAUAGUCCAUCCUCUGUUUUUUUCGCAAAUAUUAGCCAAGGUUAUACGGGAUCCAUCGCUAUUCUGCGAUGCUGGAAUUACGGUGGAAAUCGCAGCGAACGCCCUUUGUAUCGUAUCUCUGCUAACUGUUACCGCUGUUAGUGUUGACCGGUAUCUAGCUCUUCGUCUUCAUUUAAGAUACAGAGAGCUCAUAACGAUAAGACGCGCAGUUUUGCUUCUCGUUGGUAUUUGGUUAUCCAGUUCAACAUUUGGUUCGCUGUGGCUAUGGCAACAUGAACUUGUGAAGAUAGUUGCAAUCACUAUCAUCAGCGUAAGUCUCUGUAUUGCUUCGUAUUCCUACAUGAACAUUUAUCGUAUCGUGUUGCAUCACAGGUCGGUCAUACGAGUGCAAAGCUCGUCUGUCAGUCAGGCUUUGGACAAAGACGAACAAGAGAUAAACGUACAAAAAAUUAAGAAGCAAGCAGUGGGUUCAUUCUGGGUUUACUGUCUACUAGCUGUUUGUUUCACGCCAUAUUUGUGUACCGUCGCUGUUAUAGAGGCCAAAGGAAUCACGAGCGCGACUCGCUUAUCGUAUGAACUUGGGGCAACUUUAAUCUUUGUCAAUUCAUCUCUCAACCCUCUCAUUUAUUGUUGGCGCUUGCGUGAAAUAAAUGAGGCCGUAAGACAGAUGCUGAGGAGUUUACACAGCUGAGAACUGACAACUGAAACAGAUUCGCUUUCAGCGCAAUUUUCUGAUUAAAAGAUAACCUGGUUAAUAUCGCGAAUAGAAGAAGGGGUCUAAAAAAAAGGGAGAUGAAAUUUUGAUAAGAACAUCUUUUAUUGAAAUGAAAAUUUUAAUUACUUCUGAUUUCCGACUUCAUGCCAAGAGAGUGGUUCGUUGCGAAAUGAAACAAAAAUAAUUUGUCCAGCAUGGAAGUUUUUCAGUUUGCUUUUUUGUUUGCGCAAUAAACUUCGUUGCGGAGAACGACUUAAAUUUCCAUAUGAAAACCGAAAAACUAGAAGUCCUCGUCACCUACAUUUUAAAAAUGAAUGAAUUAUAAUAAAUGAAUUUGAGAACACAGGAUGUAUAGAAUUGAACGAACAAUAGUGUGUUAAAAAUAUUACAGUUAGAGAGCAAUCAAUCUACCAGCGCUUAUUUGGUGUUCUCCGCCAACUUCAGCGGAAAUUAAUCUUUGCAACACAUCUGUAAAACUAGGAAUCUAAACUUCGUUUUACAGUUUUCCGUUUAACUUGUACAGGUACCUCCUAUUUUUCCGUGCUUCUCUUCCUCGAAUGAUCGCGGAUGAAGCGCGAGGUCCGUUGAGUGC